CAACUUGUUUAAGCCUAGUAAAUGCGUCUCCCACAUGACCUGACUCACAGAUCCUCUUUUGUCCACAGGCAGUUGUCUUAGGAGAAAGAAGAAAGCUCUCAGAUGCUGUGUCAAUUCAGGAACUCAGUAGAACAAUGGAAUAUCAAUCUUCAGUAGAAAAUUUGGAUGAAGAUGGAUAUACUCAAUUAGACUUCAGCUCUCGCAACAUCACCAGGAGAUCUAUAGUCUCAGAGAAAGGGCUUUGUGCUGCAUCCUCGCAUUGGCGUCUGAUUGCUGUGGCUCUGGGCAUUUUAUGCUCAGUGAUGCUGGUGGUAACUGUGGUCCUGAGUACCUCGGGUAUUUGGAGAUCCAGUUCAGGGAACAACCUGUUGAAGAGUGACAGCUUUCCAUCAAGAAAUAAAGACAACCUGAGUCAACCCACACAAUCAUCUUUAGAAGAUAGUGUGAUACCUUCCAAGGCUCCCAAGACCACAGGAGUUUUCUCUAGCUCUUGUUCCCCUAACUGGAUCACACAUGAGGAUAGCUGUUAUCUAUUUAGCACACUAUUAGAUUCCUGGGAUGGAAGUAAAAGACAAUGCUUUCAACUGGGCUCUAAUCUCCUGAAGAUAGACAGCUCAAAAGAGUUGGAGUUUAUAGCAAGGCAAGUGUCUUCCCAACCUGAUCAUUCAUUCUGGAUAGGGCUUUCUCGCCGUCGGACAGAAGAACCAUGGCUCUGGGAGGAUGGCUCCACCUUGUUGUCUAACCUUAUACAUGCGAACACAGUUGCAGCAUGUGGGGUCUCGUUUCUCAAACAGGAAUUGAACCUGGGCUCCUUGUAUUGAGAGCGUGGAGGCUUAGCCACUGGACCACUGGGUUUCAAAUCAGAAGUACAGUUACCGAAAAAGACUCAUCUCACAACUGUGCAUGGAUCCACGUGUCAGACAUUUACGACCAACUUUGUAGUGCGCAUUCAUACAGUAUUUGUGAGAAGAAGUUGUCAGUAUAAU